ACACUCACACUCACAUUCACACGCCUCUCUCAUCUCAUUCUUCACAAUUUUUUUUUUUUAAUUUCUUCUGCUUCGGACUUGGGCGCCUCUCAGUGCCUCUGGCCCUCUGCUUUCGGUGGUCGGUGGCCGAGGCUCUGCCUCUCGCUUCCCUCUCUUUUCUCUCAGGUUCUCCGUUCUUGUUCUUUGCCUUCAAAUUUUCAAUCAGUUCAGUCCACUACUCCACUGAUGAUGCUGUACUAAUUUUAAGCUGGUACAGAGGUAUAUCAGUGGCUUGAAAUUUAGAGCAUAUGGCUGUAGUAGAAUCCAUACUUGAUAUCCCAGUGCAAGAUCCAGAAGAGGAGGAGUUCUGUUGGGCUGAUUUGACUUGGACCAAAUUUCGCACUUCUGAACGUGAAGAUGAUGUUGCCCUCAUUCCUUAUGAGCGCGUGGAUGCAUUUAUAAUUGGUGAAUGCUCUAACAUAGAAUGCCCAACACGGUUUCAUAUUGAGAGGGUGCGGAAACGAUCAUUUGGCAGCUUGAAGGAGUACAAGAAUGAUGAUUAUUUGGAAUACAGGCUGUAUUGGUGUUCAUUUGGUCCUGAAAAUUAUGGGGAAGGUGGGGGUAUAUUACCUAGUCGAAGAUAUCGACUUAACACCCGCAAUCGUGCUGCUAGACCUCAAUCCAUGCGAGGCUGCAAAUGUCAUUUUGUGGUGAAACGCCUUUAUGCUCGUCCAUCACUUGCACUUCUUGUAUAUAAUGAUAAUGACAGGCGCCAUGUAAAUGAUUCUGGUUUUGUCUGCCAUGGGCCACUUGAUAGAGAUGCCAUAGGCCCUGGUGCCAAGAAAAUUCCAUAUAUCUGUAAUGAGAUUCAACAGCAGACAAUGUCUAUGAUCUAUCUGGGCAUUCCGGAGGAGAAUGUGUUAGAGAAACACAUAGAAGGGAUUCAACGAUACUGUGGUUCAAAUGCAAAAGUUAAUAGCCUUGCUUCCCAAUAUGUCCACAAACUCGGGAUGAUUAUAAGACGAUCUACCCAUGAGUUGGAUCUGGAUGACCAUGCUAGCAUCCAGAUGUGGGUUGAACGCAAUAGAAAGUCAAUAUUCUUUUACCAGGAUACUUCAGAAGCAGAUUCUUUCAUUUUGGGGAUUCAAACAGAGUGGCAAUUGCAACAAAUGAUCCGUUUUGGCCAUCGCAGUCUAAUCGCAGCCGAUUCAACGUUCGGCAUAAAGCGACUUAAGUACCCCUUGAGCACACUUCUUGUGUUUGAUUCAAGGCAACAUGCGCUGCCCGUUGCAUGGGUUAUCACACGCAGCUUUGCAAAGCUUGACGUGUCCAAAUGGAUGAAAGCUUUAUUUGGUCGAGCCCGUAGUGUGGAGCCUGGAUGGAAGGUCAGUGGGUUUUUGAUUGAUGAUGCAGCGGCUGAAAUUGAUCCCAUAAGGGAUAUAUUUUGCUGCCCUGUUCUUUUUUCCCUCUGGCGUGUUCGUAGAUCAUGGCUAAGGAAUAUUGUUAGGAAAUGCAGUAACAUUGAAGUUCAGCGGGAAAUUUUUAAACGGCUGGGGAAGAUAGUGUACAGCAUUUGGGGUGGAGUUGAUACUCUUGCUGCCUUAGAAGAAUUAGCCCAGGAUUUUGUCGAUCAAACUGCUUUCAUGGAAUACUUCAAGGCCUCUUGGGUGCCUAAGAUUGAAAUGUGGCUUUCAACUAUCAGAACUCUUCCUCUAGCUAGCCAAGAGGCUUCUGGUGCCAUAGAAGCCUAUCAUGUGAAGCUAAAAGCCAAACUGUUUGAUGAUUCGCACCUUGGUGCACUUCAAAGAGUCGACUGGCUGGUGCACAAGCUAACUACUGAGCUGCAUUCAAGCUAUUGGCUUGACCGCUAUGCAGAUGAAAGUGAUUCUUUUCAAAAUGUGAAGGAGGAAUAUAUUGCUUCUACAUCAUGGCACCGGGCAUUGCAGAUUCCUGAUUCUGCCGUCACUUUGGAUGAUCAUGGGCAACUCUUUGCCAAGGUUUUAAGCCAGGAAGACAGCAGUCUAACACGUCUUGUGUGGAAUCCUGGAUCAGAAUUUGCAUUCUGUGAUUGUGCAUGGUCAAUUCAAGGAAACCUUUGCAAGCAUGUAAUUAAGGUCAAUACUUUAUGUGCAAAUCAUCAAAGUUAUCAACCUUCUAUGUCUUUUCAGUCAUUUAAAGAGAUAUUGAUGAAUUUAUGGAGAAAACCAAUGGAUGAUUCAGUUUCACUAGAUCUGUCGGUUGCCUGGACUCACCAGAUGCUUGAUCAACUUCAGAAACUAGUUGAAAUUACUGGUUCUAGUGACAUUGGCACUGUGGUAAACAAUCUGCCAUUGAAAUGGGUUUCAAAGAAAGGCAGAACAAAUGUUGGCAAGCGGUCGCCCACUCUGGCUCUUCCAUCUAGUUCCAAGGGUAUGCAGACUGCAGCUGUACGUAAGAAGAACCGGAAGCGGAAAAGAUUAUCACGACUAAGGUAAUAGCAUGAGUUGAUAGAUGCUGAUUUUCUUCUGGGAUAGUUCAGACUGAAGCAAACUAGAUUUAACUUCACAAAUUUCUAUAGAUACAGAUUUCCUUCUGGGAUAGUUCAGAUCAAAGCAAACUAGAUUUAACUUUACAAAUUUCUUCAUUUUAAAUUGUUUCACGUAUUGAUUAUUCCUACUCCAUUGCCGGUGGUGUUAAGCUCUUGAAUGCAUCCACCAAGGGUCAUAUACACUUGGCCAUCUUCAAAGAAAAUGGACUGGUUGGUAUCAUGAGAGAUGACAUUGGAGGAAAUCAGAGGUUUAAUUUAAUUUUACAUGAGUUGCACAUUCAUGGUUGAGCAAAUUUAUGGACCCCGUUCUAAAGAAGGCAUCUGUACAAAAAUUGCUUUGGACAUGAGAGGAAUUUUUGAGCUUUUGACCAUCUCUUAUCUUCAGUUACAUUCCUAAGCUUUAUUUUUUGUAUUUACAAUUUUUUGUUGUUUUCCUUGGUGCCUUUAUGCAAAUAUGUUGGGAGGAAGUAUGUUGAAAAUCCAUAAUAACAUAGACGACUUUAUGAUCUUAUUUUAUGUAGAUUUACAUCACAGAACUGACAGAAGUAUGUAUAUUGAUUAAUUCAUUAAUACGAUAGUUUGAUUACAUA